AAAUCAUAAAGCGCCCAAGCCCAACCAUUUUUAGGUUAAGUCGGUGUUCGUUGCAUGCAUUUUGUUUGUUGGUCUUUCCGAUUCCGGAAACUGACUGCAACUGCAUUGUUGCUUUAUGAAUAAAGAGGAUUAAAAUAUCAAUUCUCUCGAACCGCAGUUUGGAGUAUUUUUCUUGUUGUCAACCGGCAAUAGAAAUCGUGAUAGGCUAUUCAUGUUUGAUAUAGCCUUACUACUGGACUUGUGAAUGUGAGAUAUUCUACCCGAUGAUGUUGAAUCGUACAAAUUCAUUUGGAGAAUCCGGUCUUGGUGAGCCAGAACAAGAUGCUAACUCUGCCCUUACAGAAUUGGAUAAAGGUUUACGUUCAGGAAGAGUUGGCGAGCAGUGCGAGGCAAUCGUUCGUUUUCCACGUCUGUUUGAAAAGUAUCCAUUCCCAAUUCUUAUAAAUUCUUCCUUCCUGAAGCUAGCGGAUGUAUUCAGAGAAGGGAACAAUUUUCUGCGCCUAUGGGUCCUGCGGGUGUGUCAGCAAAGCGAGAAACAUCUGGACAAGAUCCUGAAUGUGGACGAGUUUGUGCGCCGAGUGUACAGCGUGAUCCACUCGAACGACCCAGUGGCACGGGCGCUGAGCCUGCGCACCCUGGGCAGUAUGGCCGGCAUCAUCCCGGAACGCCAGCAUGUGCACCACAGCAUCCGGCGCAGCCUCGACUCGCACGACUCGGUCGAGGUGGAGGCCGGCAUUCAGGCCGCUAUGCAGUUUGCCGCUCAGUCCAAGUCUUUCGCUCUGAGCAUGUGCAACAAGAUAUCAGACAUGAUUCAAGGUAUAGAAACGCCAGCUCAUAUGAAACUGCAGCUCAUUCCCAUUCUGCAGCAUAUGCAUCAUGACACAUCAACUGCUGCCAUGGUUCGUCAACUAUGUACAGAUUUGUUACCUAAGUAUCCUGCUCAAGAGUUUGUUGUCACAACUUUGAAUACGCUAACUCGACUCACAUCGGCUACUCUCGUGGAAAUUCCUGAUCAGGUGGAUCUUCUGCUGACCUACCUGGCAUCGGACCCGCGUUGGGCGGUGCAGUUGGCAGCACUGCGCGGCCUGCACGAGCUGGCAACACUGGCACCGGAGAUCUGGCCCGAACAGUGCAUCAAUCAGCUGGUGCAGGUGGCUCGAGACUCACCCUACCAGAAAGUCGUCCUCUGCGUCCUAGACGUGCUCAUACAGCUCACCAAAUCGUUCUCCGUCUGCCAUACAUGUAUUCAAACAGGAUCAUCUGUGAUGGACUUCUGUGGAGAGAUGUCGUAUUCGGGUGAAAUGAGGGUGGCAUCAAAAGCUAUUCAAGUAGUUACUCAGCUAGUCUGUAUAAGCUACAAAGAGAAGCUGCAAAUCCAAGACGUGGACGGCUACAUAGUGAUGGUGGAGAGCCUGUUUCUGGCGGUGACUGCGGCCAAUGAGGACGAUGCGAGCGAAGCGGUGCUGCGGGUGUGUCUCAAAUGCGCCGUCAGCCUGUGCCAGUGUCACCGGCCUCUGUGUCCCAGAUUCGUCUACCUCAUUGGCUCCUGUCUCAUCGAUUCUACUGCCACAAAUUCAACGAAUGCUUUGCUAUGUGAGGCGUUGGGGGCUAUUGGAGGACUUGAACCAAGAGCUUUAUUUAUGUUCCUACCUGAUAUUCUCAACAAAAUUAGUAAGCUCUCGGAUACAAUGCAAGCUCAUUCCAAGGUAAUGUUGUGUACACUGGUAUUUCAAACGUUGACUCCAGCGCAGUGGACUGAUGAAGCUCAGAAGGCCAUCGAUCUUGUUGUCAAAAAUACGAACCUCUGGGCCAGCUAUCGACUGGGCCGUUCUGCAGCAAGAUACGGCCAUUUUCGAGUUUGCGCAAGUAUAAUGUCGCAGCUUUCAGAGCAGGUCUCAUCAGAGAAUCUGCAUUUCUGGUUGGUGACACUGGUCGAAAUCAGUACCGGCGAAGCGGUGCUACUCUCCUCUAUUGAUCUACUCGACAGAUUGGGCCAGGCUAUUGUUCACUACAGUAAAGCAUUGGCUGCUAUCAAGGCAACAAGUACAGUGACGUCAUCACUAGUGUUCCAAGCCGAAUACAUUGAGCUGCGAUGGGAGAUGCUGCAAGCAUGCGCACAAUUGGUGUCGGCCUGCAACAGCCUGAGCACGGCUCCACCUCCCGCCAUAACGGCCGCCAUUGUGCAGGCCACCAGGGACGAGCUGCAGAGGUUUGGGCACAUCACUAAUCAGCUGAGAAAAAGUGCCAAAGAAUUUCGAGCGGUCGGUGAAAUGUAUUGGAAACUGUACCAGUCUGCAUUCGACGCUGAUCCCUCGACGUUGACGAAUCUUCAAAUACUGCAACACAUGUGUAUGCUGAUGGCUUACCAAAUAGAAUGUGUAGCACAGCCCAACCAUCAAGGUGAUGAGCCUUCAUUGGAUAUCGACUUAGCCACGAGCUGUUUGGAGACGCAGCUAAUGAUCUACAGUUGUCAAGCAGUGAGCAGCCUUAGGAGAGCAAUGGAUCCCAGUCUGAAGCCCAUCACCCAUCAUCACAUAGAAGUCCUAACCAAACAGGUCGAAAUCCUCAUCAAAGGUCCUCUGUGCCUACCACGCUACUUCUUCCAAGUUCUGCAGUCCACUAGUGUCAAGUUGGCAGUUUCGCCGCAGCCGCGCGUGAACGGCGAAUGGAUCAGCGUGGCGAGUGGAGCUCAGCUUGCCGUGAAAGUAGAGGGGGUAAUCGUGCAUGGCUCCUCCCCGCCGCCCUUCCGCCAAGUGCACGGUGUCCUCCUCACCCUCAACUCACAGCAGACUGCCAGGCCACCCUCCACCAAUCACGACGCCAAGAUGGUGGACAACAGCAUAUCGCUGCGACAAAGUGUGGUGCCGCACAGGGACUUUUUCGCGGCGCAGUUCCUGUUGGCGCUGACCGGCGGCGGACAACACCAGGUGCUGGUCGAGGCUGCAGUCCUCGACAAGGACGGAAACAUCUGGAACACCGGACCCAGGACCACGCUCGCCGUCAAGGCGCACGAAGACGCCAACGCUGCCCGAGCUAGGACCAACUUCUAGACUCCAUACAUUUCCUAAUCAUAAGUAACUGCAUUAGUUUGCUAUUUCAGUUCAAAUUUUAGAAAUUUACUAUAUUUGAUACAUAGAAAAGCUACAUUUUUAAUCAAAAUUCAGCAAUUUCAGUCCAAUUUCUAGAAAUUUCCUAUAUUUGACACAUAGAAAAGCUACAUUUCUUAUCAGUAUAUUUCAUAAACAACUGCAAAAGUAAUUUUAGUUCAAUAUUUAGAAAACAUUUCCUAUUUUUGAUAUUAUAUAGAUAGAAGAGCUCGUGGACAAAGUCCCUUAUUACGUUUCCCUUAUUACUUUUCUAGCUACAUAGAAAAGGUUAAUUUCUAAUCAAAAUUCAGCAAUUUCAGUUCAAUUUCCAGAAAUUUCCUAUAUUUGAUACAUAGAAAAGCUACAUUUCUAAUCAGUAUAUUUCAUAAAAUAAUUGCAAAAGUAAUUUUAGUUCAAUAUUUGGAAAAAAAAUUCCGAUUUUCGAUACAUACAUAGAAAUGCUCGUGGACUAAGUCCUCGUAUUACGAGCCUUUUUGAUAUUUCCAGUAACAUAAAAUUACAUAAUGAAAAGGGGAAACAUAAAAUAAAUACAACGCAUUCCACUACAUCCAGAAAAAUUUCCAGUAACUAAUAUGAUUGGAAGGGACAAUGUAUGAGUUAGAAUGAGGAAAGUUCAUCAAGGGGUAAAUACUAUGAGAUAAGAUGAUACGUAAGAUGAUCAUAAGAUGAUGAAGGGUAGAUACUAUAAGAUACCUAUGAGAUAAGAAAAGAGGAGGGAAUAGUUGUAAAGUUGAGAUAGUAGAAAUAGUAGAGCUCCCAACUAAUGAUGAUCUCAAAUCAAAGAUGAAGCAGCAUAAUUUACCAAAAGAGUUUUUGAAUGUAAUGUAGUCUAGCAUAUCAUACCACUACCCAAGCUAGAACCAGCUUCUAAUUUCAAACUGGAAAAAUUUCCCUUUACAAUUAUGUUUUAUAAAAAACUGCAUUAAAAAGUAAUUGUAGCUCAGUUUCGUAAAA